UUCUGAUUUGGGGCAGCACUGUCUCUUUUCCAGAGCUAGAACAAGCACCACCUGACCAAAACACUGGUUGGAAAGAAGGUGUUGUUGUUGAUGUUUGGUUUAGUUUGAGAUGUGAUGUGGAUUGUACUAUUAACCUGCCUUCCACAGUACAAAGUUUAUCUUAUUGAUUAGUGAGCUUAUCACUUAGACAUUGCUGGGACCUACGUAGUUCGUGUUAUCUCUAUGAUACAUCCUCCUGUUCUUUGAUACUUGUUCAGUGAGUUGGGAAGUGAAGGCUAGAGAACAGCACUGAGAGUCUUAAGAACUUAGACCUAACUGAAGAAGGAGUCAUUACUCAAGAUGCUGGGCUGCAGCGGUCUCUGGCAGUACUAGUUACUUACCAAAUGGAUGCUGUCAUCAGGACACAAUUCAGAAUCUGAAAAAUCAUUAAGUGGGUUUGAAACAACAGCAGCCUACUCGUUAGAGGACAGCAUGGAUUCAAAAGAUACGAUAACUUCAGGCAUGUCCGAAGAAAAGGUGUGUGGCAGUGGGGAGUCGCUGUCAAACGGAAUCAAAAAACACAGAACAAGCUUACCAUCUCCAAUGUUUUCCAGAAAUGACUUCAGUAUCUGGAGUAUCUUAAGAAAAUGUAUUGGCAUGGAGUUGUCAAAGAUCACAAUGCCGGUUAUAUUCAACGAGCCACUGAGCUUCCUGCAGCGACUCACGGAGUACAUGGAGCACACGUACCUCAUCCACAAAGCCAGCUCGCUUUCCAGCACAACCGAGCGAAUGCAGUGUGUUGCUGCAUUUGCUGUGUCUGCUGUAGCCUCGCAGUGGGAACGUACUGGGAAGCCAUUCAACCCAUUGCUUGGAGAGACCUAUGAACUGAUCAGAGAUGAUCUUGGAUUUAGGCUUCUCUCAGAGCAAGUCAGCCAUCAUCCACCAAUCAGUGCUUUCUAUGCUGAAGGCUUAAAUAAUGAUUUUGUGUUUCAUGGAUCAAUUUAUCCUAAACUCAAAUUCUGGGGCAAGAGUGUGGAAGCAGAACCAAAAGGCACGAUGACUUUGGAGCUUCUUGAGCACAACGAAGCCUACACAUGGACAAAUCCUACGUGCUGUGUGCAUAACAUUAUUGUAGGCAAACUGUGGAUCGAGCAGUAUGGAAAUGUGGAAAUAACUAACCAUAAAACUGGUGAGAAAUGUGUGCUAAACUUCAAGCCCUGCGGCCUCUUUGGGAAGGAGCUGCACAAAGUUGAAGGUUACAUUCAGGACAAAAGCAAAAAGAAACUCUGUGCAUUGUAUGGGAAGUGGACUGAAUGUUUGUACAGUGUUGACCCAGCUACAUUUGAAGCUUACAAGAAAAACGACAAGAAAAAUACAGAAGAGAAGAAAAGCAGUAAACAGGUGGGCAAUACCGAGGAAUCAGAUGAGAUGCCAUUGCCAGACUCUGAGAGUGUGUAUGUCAUUCCUGGAAGUGUUUUGCUAUGGAAAAUAACUCCAAGACCUCCAAAUUCAGCACAGAUGUAUAAUUUUACAAGCUUUGCUAUGGCUUUGAAUGAGUUGGACAAAGAAAUGGAGAGUGUCAUUCCCAAAACUGACUGCCGGCUACGACCAGAUAUCAGAGCUAUGGAAAAUGGAGAAAUAGAUCUGGCUAGUGAAGAAAAGAAGAGGCUAGAAGAAAAACAGAGGACUGCCCGCAAAAAUCGUUCCAAGUCAGAGGAAGACUGGAAGACGAGAUGGUUCCACCAAGGCCCCAAUCCCCACACUGGUACACAGGACUGGCUUUACUCUGGCAACUACUGGGACAGAAACUACUUUAAUUUGCCUGAUAUUUAUUAAAAUGCAGUGAGGAGCCUCUGACUGAUACAAAUAAGUCUUAAUCCAUUUUAAUGUUUUCCCUUGUUCUACUUAUCUCCUGAAAAUACUGACAUGUUAUCAAACAGAAUAUUAAGCAUCUCUGCAAUAAAUCUGGUGGUACAAGAUCUUCAGUCCUAAAGGUAGGGGAAUAACUUUUCUGGCUGAUGGUGGGUCCUGCAUGGACAAAGUCGCUGUGGUUUCAAACUGCCCUGAGUACACCUAUAUUAGGUUGUGGUGUAUGAGGAAUAGAACACCUUCAGCUGUUCUGUGAAUACUUUAUUUUGUAGAUAACAUUGACACAAGUAAAACUGGUUUUAUUUAUUGUGACAUGGGAAUGUUUAAAAAGCACACAAAGUAAUUGCAAUAUUCUGUUCUUAAAUGAAGAAGAGUGUCACUUCUGUAAAGAUGUAAUUUUUCAUAAAGUGACUUUUCUUUUACUAAAGUAAUGCCCUUGAAACUUGAGCUCUGCUCAGAAAAUUCCAGAAGUGUUCCCAUCUCUGGAGCAGUAAUGCAGUUGUUUAAGCUGGUAACAUUACUCAGAGGUUAUUUAUUCAAUGUUUUGUGCAGUGUGUUUUGAAUUUUGCUCUCCUGUUUUGCUACCAACCUUACGGUUUAAGGAAUUAAGAGCCAUUUAAAUAUCUACAGAUUUGAUUUGAACUGCACACUAGUAACAGGUUUUAAAAGAAUCUGUUUCAUGCACUAGAAGUUCCGGUGCCCAGCACCACUGCAAGAACCUAAUCAGUCCAGGAAUGACCUGGUGGAACAUGGCAGGGGGACAGGACUGUGUCUGUACUGUGCAAACUCCCUGGGAGGAAGUCUUGUGCAUUUCAAAGGUAGUACAGCACCUCAGUGAGGCCUCCUGUGCACAGCUGCUUUACCCCUUUUCAGUGGGGUGCAUUCAAACUUAGUCUGUUUAUAUUGAACUGUGUACAGAGCUUCUAGAGGGCAAGCUGCUCUUUGUACAAUAUUUUAACUGCUGUCUGGAGGUUAGUGUUAAUUGAAUAAUUUAAUUGCUACUAAAUAAAGGCUUCAAAACUUCUUGCA